GUAUAAAAGCGGCAGGGCAGGCGCGGGAGCUCAGUCGUCCUCGUUCGUCCACGACAGGAGCAUCUGCCGCAGCAAUGGCCGCCGGUACGCUGUUUCUCCUAGCGACGUUGGUGACUGCUAUGUUGGCAGCACCCCAAGGUGACAAUCCGAAAGACGCUACUAUUCUGGAGCAGGAGAACGACUUCAAUGGCGUCGACAACUGGCGCUGGAGCUACAAGUCGAGUGACGGCAGCCAGCGACAGGAGGUUGGUGGGAUAGUGGACGGCUUCCUGAAGACGGUCGGGAGCUACUUAUGGAAGUCGCCCAGCGGCCAGAAGUACUCCGUCAACUACGUCGCCGACAAGGACGGCUACCAGUCCAAGCUGGAGGCCGUCGACGAGACGGUGGAGCCGCCCAAGCUGGAGAAGCAAGUCCUCCUCAGCCCCAAAGCCAAACUGUCGCUCAUCGGCCGCUAGAGGACCCAGCAGUUCUUACCAAUAUACGACGUACCACAUGCCGAAAACGCAUCUUCUGUCCUUCUGAGAUAGUGUGUAAAGAACACUUGUACAAAUGAAGGCUUCCUGCAGAUGUUAUGAGACUGACACAAAUCCUGGAAGGAGAUGCGAUCAGGCGAAGGCACAGUAGAGAUAAAUUCGUAGGCUCUACUCACUGUUUGAAUAGGCAACCUUGUGAUCAUGUCACGAAAACUGACAGAAUAUAAAUUUCUAUGGUUCCAAAACGAAUCCAUUUGGUAACGAUGUCAAGUAUUAUCCUCACCGUGUGUGGAGUCAACAGAUUUAUCCUCAAAUAUUUCCCAAUGUGUGUCCAAUAACAAUGGUUGUCUUUUCGGCAGCUAUACGACGUAGUUCCUCGAGCUCUAAUAUCACACGUCAAAGAUAGCUUUAUGAAUAAUGUCUCAGUGAGAUAUUUCCACCUUAAAAUCUUCUUCAAUUGUCAUCGUCUCUGACGUAGUGUGACAAACUGAAAGACGAUAUCGCUGCAUGAAUUUUUCUGAAAGUUAAAAGUUCGUGACAAGCCACUUCGUCUGUCUGUAAAAGGGUCCACAUUUAUAUCUGACACUUCAUUCAUAAAUUUGCCUCUUGAUUGCAUAUAACAGUACAAAUAAUUAAUAGUGAUCGGUUCCUGCUUGUUGCCAUCAUCAGAUCUGUUACGAAAAUUAGGGAAAGAUACUAAAGUGACAAUAAUAAGUUCAAACAGAUUGAAACCUAAUUUACAGAAAAUAUAAGUGUCUGUAAAAAAGAAAUGUGUAAGAGCAUAUAGAAUGCAUAAGAAAGGAUAACGUGCCAUUGAAAGUCUUUAGAUACAAGCAUCAAUGUUAAGUGCUAGUGAUGGCCUGACAGCGUCCU